AUGAUUUCUUUAACGCGCUCCAAACUUGGAGGAGCUAUAUUCCUUAUUAUUGGAAUAUUAGCAUUAUGUCAUUUGGUUACAGCUCGGCUAUUUGAUCAACCAGAAAUCUUUAUUGAUAAUUUUAAAUGGUCAAACGAUGAUUUUUCUGAAAUAACUGAACAUAUUUUCGAUAACUUGGAUCAAGUUAAAACUAAAUAUGAUAAUAAAUGGGCAAAAGUUUUAACUCAUAAUGCUUUUCCUGAUUAUAAAAUUAAAUUGAAAGAACCUCAAAUGUGUGAUCCCACCGUUCAACAGUAUUCUGGAUAUCUUGAUGCUGGUAACAAGAAGCACUUCUUCUUUUGGUUCUUUGAAUCAAGAGGCAAUCCUUUGAACGAUCCGAUUGUUCUUUGGCUUAACGGUGGCCCAGGAUGUUCUUCUUUAACUGGUUUAUACUUUGAACUUGGUCCUUGCGCUGUUAACGAAGAAGGAACUGAUACUAUUUUUAAUCCUCAUUCAUGGAAUAACAAUGCUAGUGUUAUUUUCUUGGAUCAACCAAUUAAUGUCGGAUAUUCUUAUGGAAAUGGUGUAUCUAAUUCUUUGGCUGCUGCUACUGAUGUAUACGCGUUUUUACAAAUCUUUUUCAAAGAAUUCCCUCAAUAUGCCAAUUUGGAUUUCCAUAUUGCCGGUGAAUCGUAUGCCGGACAUUACAUACCCGCCAUAGCAGCAGAAAUCAAUAAUAAUAACAAAGGAACUUCAUCUUGGAUUCUCGCUAAUCAACCAAAGAAUCUUAAACAUAUCAAUCUUGACUCCGUCUUAAUUGGAAAUGGUCUAGUAGAUCCUUUAGUCCAAUACAAAUAUUAUGCUGACAUGGCCUGUAACUCUUCUUACGGUCCUGUAUUACAGGAAUCCACAUGUCAACAAAUGAGAGAUGCUUAUCCCCAAUGUGCUUCAAUGAUUCAACGAUGUUAUGAUUCAUCAAAUGCUUUCGCUUGCCUACCUGCUUCCAUGUAUUGUAAUAGAGAAAUGAUUCAACCUUAUCAACAAACUGGUUUAAAUGUUUAUGAUAUAAGAAAACCAUGUGAAGGUGGUGGUUUAUGCUAUCCAAUUUUAAAAGCUAUUGAGAAAUUUUCUAAUCGUAAUGAUAUUAAGACUGAAUUGGGUGUUGAUCCUUCGGUUGAAUAUAAAAGUUGUAACAUGGAAAUUAAUUUCAAAUUCCAACUCGCUGGUGAUUGGAUGCGUCCCUACCACUUACUGAUCCCACCGCUCUUGGAUAGCAAUAUCCGAGUGUUGGUAUAUGCAGGUGACGCUGAUUUUAUUUGCAAUUGGUUUGGUAACGACGCAUGGGUAAAAGAACUCGAAUGGAGUGGUAAGAAAGAUUUUAACGAUGCCAAAGUUACUAGUUGGAAAACAUCAGAUGGUGAGCAAGCUGGUGAAGUUAGAACCUUUGGAAAAUUUACAUUCUUGAGAGUUUAUGAAGCUGGCCAUAUGGUACCUUAUGAUCAGCCACGUGCAAGUUUAGAUUUCUUUAAUAGAUGGUUGUCCAAGGGUGAUUUGUAA